UAAAUUAUAAUUUAUAAUCUACAAACCCAUUGCCUGAUGUCUUUUUAAGCCGAUCAAUUCCUGAAUGCAUUCCUGAAGGCCACACCAGCCUAUAUAUGCCAGGGAAAAAGACACGACCAACAUAUUGUCUAGUUCAGCACACAAAAACAUGAACGGAUUGAUCAUUGCAGCUCUCGCCAUCCUGGGGGUGGCCCACGCCGCCCCUUCGGGCCACAUCGGCGCCGUAGUGGCGGGUCCCUCGGGCGUCGUCACCGGGCACGGGGCCAUCGGCCCCGUGGGCCACGGCCUGGGCCUGGGGCUGGGCCAUGGCGGCUGGGGCGGACAUGGGGCCGUUCUGGCCGCUCCGGUGGCCACCGCAGUGGUCGCCGGGCCCGCUCUCGGUCACGGACUCGUCCUCGGUCACGGGCUGGGUCUUGGACACGGGCUCGGAGUCGUCACCCACGGUGGGGGCACCAUUGGGGUCAGUGGACAUGGGGCUGCCAUCCAUGGGCCUGGGACUGCUCCAGUCGUCAUCGCCGGACCCUCGGGCAAAGUCGCAGCCGAUGGCCUCUGGGGACCCACAGCCAAUGUUGGCUUGGGCCAUCAUGGGCAUCAUGGCUGGUAGAAGACUGAACUAAGCCAAUAUCACAAAAGGCUGCCAUAACAGGUCGGUUUGUGUGCCACUUGCCAGGAGGACGGGCCGAUGGUGUUAUAGAAGCCUUUGGAAUCAUACACUUGAUCUACCAAAAAUAUGUAUCGCGCGGAAUAGGAUCAUGAGUUUUCUUGUACAUUACUGUAUGCUAUUUAUGUACCAUACCUGUAAAAAUGUGUUCAAUGAAUAAAUGAUGGAUGAUUUUGUAA